CCCGGACGGGCCGCCGCCAGUACCCACACUCUGGCUGACGGUAGUUUCAAUACGGCUGAGCGAGCCGACGCGUGCGACUGAUUCCGCGUUCCGGAUUGAGCAGGAUGUGUUUCAGAUUUGUGCCCUCUUGACCUCGAAUCGAUGACGUGUUUAAAGAAGCCAAUGGUGGAAACCUGCGACGAGCAGCUAGCCCCCAAAUUUAUUGGUUACAAAGGUGUCGACUUCACAUGGAAGUGGAGGUAACAAAAGCGCACUAUGAUCGACGAAACAGAUCCCGUCGAUUUUUCGGCGGCAGCGAGGCUGUCGUACUUCUUGCUGUUCGUGGGCCAGAGCGCUGCGGCGCAGUUCUUCUCGGUGUACCUGAAGUACCUGGGCCUGUCGGCCGGCGACGCGGGCGCCGUCCGCGCUCUGCAGGCGUGGGCGGGCGUCGCUGCGGCGCCGGCGUCCGCCGCCUUGUCCAGCUCACUCUUCGGUUCGGGCCGCGGCCGCGGGGCCUUCGCGGCGCUGCUGCUGCUCACCUCCGUGGCGGCCUACGUCAGCCUCGUCUUCGUGCCGCCCUUCGCCGUUCCCAGGGAUGUAACUCACUGCUCGCACACCGCCACUCCAGGGCCAGGCUGGGGACUCUUCGUUCUGGACGACCCAAACGGCACUACGAAGUCAGAGGCCCACGAAUCAUUCAGUCGUAUUUUACAGGAGACCAAAGAUAAAACACUCAACAUUUCAGUGCCAGAGAUAAAAAUUGCAGACGAUCCAGAGAUUGUACAAAGCAAAACCACUGCAUCUACACUAGAAACAGUUGCGAUUUCGAAAGGUGAUUACAGCUGGGACAAGUUCAUCAAUCAGAAAAACAGAGAAAUGGAGUACAAUGAUUCGCCUGAGCAUAAUUCUGCUGAUAUUGACACGAAGCAAACAUCUGACGACAAAUCGUCAGAAAGAAAGACUUCGCCAGCCUCCUGGCAAAUGGAGGAAAGGAAGGGAAUUCUCAGUUCCUACCACAAAAUCACUGACACUCCGUUGAUUUUUAAGUAUGAUUUGUCUGUCGCGGAGAAUUCUCAGAAAAAUAGCCCACCAUAUAUUGCAGACGGUGAAAAUGAUAACGAUAUGUUGGUAACGCCAGAGCAUACUGACUAUGGCUACCUAUCACAAUACUUGAAGCCCAAGCCUUCAGUCAGUCACCGCUACAAGGGGAUUGACCAGAGUAAGUUUUAUGAGGUGCAACACGAUGGCGUUUCAGGAGGACAAGCCGAAGGUGGUAGUAAAACGUUUGCAAAUCCUAGGUGGAAGAUGUUUCAGAAAAUUUUCCUACAGAAUCAACCAAAGCAUAAACAGCCUCUCCACACUCCCAGAUAUCGUGAACAACAAUUAAAUGGCGCUGAUAAUGAUCUGGACUACUCUAAUACUCCCAAGAAGCAGUACAGUAAUCAGCAACAACAACAAAAAGAACAAAUUUUGGACUUAUCACGGCAGUAUGACAGUGUAAAACCGUUAUACCAAUAUCACUUACCAUCGCAACAUAUGAAUGAAAAUGGCAUUGUCAAGCGUGAUGUACGCAGUGUUCAUAAUAGAAUUUCAAAUAGUGACGUCGUGAACAGAGUUGGUCUGUUCCAUUUGGAACCAGUUACUUCUGAUCAUGUGCUACAGAGUGAAAUUACGACGAGGAGGGGGGCGUCGGAUAGUGUAACAGAUUUAUCACCGUUGUUACAAAAGAAUAUGGCACUAAAUAGCCACUUGAACAUUACAAGUCAAAUACCAAAUAUUUCGCGUCCAGAUGCAAACUCUGUCUACAUGCACAGCAUCACAUAUUUUUCUAUUCUCGAAGGCUUUGGUGCCAGCAAGUACGGUUCGUGGUCAACUGUAUUCUACACGGUGUUUGCUAUAUCACUGUUUCUAGAGACCGGGUGCCAGUCAGCUCUGGUCUGGAUGCUGAGACUGUGCGGAGUAAUGACGCGGGACACUCGCGCGGUGCUCGGGGAACUCGCUACGAGCAGCCAGGUGCUGGUUGGGUGGUCGCUCGUCGUGUGUCCCCUGGUGGGCGUGGCGGCUGCCCUGUCUCCCUGCCCGUUCCAGAUAACAGCACACAUGGCGGCCGCCGCCGCGCUCACCUUCUGCGCUCUGCUUCUUUUGCCACUGGUGGCUCCUGUGUCGAGGUCGAGGAAAAGGAAGCCAUCGAAACCGUCCUACCGGAAAACCUAUGAAGAUAUGCACGCCACUCUCAUUACAAGAUUUUCCUUCUCACUUAGAAUGGGUAUAACAGGAUUUAUAACAGCAUGUAAUAUGGAGUUCAUGAUGUGGUAUAUGGAAGCACAAGAAACAUUCUCUCACAACUAUGAGUAUCUGUACUGUGGAUAUUCUGCCACUGCUUCAAUCACACAAUUUCUGUUAAAUAGGGUACUGAGGAAGAGAACUGAAGCUGGAGAGGAUGCUGAAAGUGAGUCUGAUGACGACACAGGGGGUGGACGUUGGCAACUGCUCAGGACAGAAGUGACCGGCCACCAGCGGUGGUGGUGGCUGUGGGAGGCUGGCACCCUGCUGCUUGGUGUCGAGCAGCUGGCAGCUCGGCUUCAGCCAGUGUGGGUGCUGCCACCACUGCUGGGAACCCUGCAGGGGGCUGGCUCUGCCCUGUCCUCAGGCGGAACGGUUGGGAGUGCGAGGAUGAGCCACGGUAUCGGCUACGGGUGCGGCUGCCUGGUUGCGGGUUUCAUCGUCCAGAAGUGGGGAGCAGCUGUGAUGUUCCAGGUGCUCAGCCUGGGAACCUCAGCAUGUGCAGCAGUUGCAGCCAUCAUUAGGGGGGUGGCAAGGUGUACUGCAAACCAGAGGCAGCAGGCACGACAACAUUCAUUUUCUAUUGCCUCCACCGAAUCUGAUGCCAGCAGUGAUGGAGAAGAAAAUGAAAUUGCUGAAACAGAUGACUGGCUUGUAGAGGCACUGCAACGAGAUGAAUAUCAGCAAGCUAAAAAGUGUCACAGAAUUGAAUGUUAGAACAGUUAACAAACACAGGAAUUAGAUGUCUGUGUUUGUUAGUGAAACUGAACAGUUCCACCUGUCACUGCUUUUGUUUUGCCUGUUAUUGAUUUCCUAAUGAGUUGGAUGUAAUGGUGAAAUAAAUAUAAACAAUACAGAUGA